AUGGAUUUUGACGAUGACGAGCCUAUCGAUAAGGAGCUGUGUAUGAGUCCGAUGAUUGGGAUUGCGAAUGUUAAAAGAACCAUCAUCAUGGGUCGCAUUAAGCUGACCUUCUCGAACGUCGGUGAGAAGGAUCCUUUCUUCAAGAAGGAAUCUGAGGGCCCUCAACACAAGCCAUACAAUUCUACAGCACCGAGUUCUACUGGACGACCGACCCCAGAGUCAAUAAGGCAGAGCGCGUCUUGGAAAUUCAAGAUUACGAAUACUCUGGAUCCGUCGAAGAAGCCUGGGGCCGCUACCUUAGCGAGAUGGUCCAAGGCUCCAACUCGUUCAUGGUGGCCGCCGCAGCUGCUACCUUCCGCUGCCUUCUUCGCCCUGGAAGUUGAAAUUGGACGGGCUCCUCUUCAAAAACGGACUUCGUGCCUUUACGAGCUGCGCGGAUGCUUUGCCAUUGUGGCAUUCGGAACCAGAUACAAGCUGUUCUACUACGUCCACUACGGCCCCAACCCAUUUCCGCCUCUCGAGCCCGCUACCAACAACUCGUACUGUGAGCAGAUCGCUGCAAAGGUUACCGACCCGGUCUCGAAGAAUCGUCUGAUCCAGCUCAUUCCCGGUGACGAGCCGAUGGAUCUGCGCAACAGCGAAGGAUGGGACAUGUUGGCGCACUGGCUCUGA